AUGAAAGUUUUGAAAACGGGACAUAUAAGUCCCUCUCACUCAAAACGACGUCGUUCUGAGUGCUGCCCUAAUACUAAAAUUUGUUUGGGUCGUUCUGAUGCCCCGCCAGCCGUACCAGUGGCAGCGCCGAUCGCCGAUGGGUCUACGCCAAGUUUGGUGGCUGAUAAACCAAAGAGUUCGUUCUCUUCGUGGUUUUAUCAGAAGCAAAAUCCCAACUCUGAGGGUGUUCCCUGGUGCAGGCUCUUAUCCCAGUCUUCACAGAAUCCGAAUGUUCCUAUUUCCACAUCGAACUUCACAAUUGGUUCUAGUAGAAAUUCCAACUUCCCGCUGAAGGAUCAUACUGCAAGUGGAACUUUGUGCAAGAUCAAGCAAUCCCAGCGUGAGGGGAAUGCUGUAGCUGUGCUUGAAAGUACUGGCAGCAAAGGAUCUGUGCUAGUAAAUGGAAUGCUCGUCAAGAAGAGUACCAGCUGUGUGCUUAACUCGGGUGAUGAGGUGGUUUUUGGUUUGCUGGAAAAUCAUGCUUAUGUUUUUCAGCAACUGCAUCCUGAAACCGCAGUUAAGGGUGCAGAAGUUCAGAGUGGUGGUGGGAAGUUACUGCAGAUUGAAAAGAGAACAGGUGACCCUUCAGCCGUAGCUGGGGCUUCUAUUUUGGCUUCUUUGUCUAGCUUUAGGCAGGAUCUUACAAGAUGGAAGUCUCCAUCUCAGUCUGCCAGUAAGCCUCACCAGGGUACUGACGUUUCAGAGAGUGAGCUUGAUGGCAUGGAAGGCAACUCAACUCCAAAUGAAGGGACUGACAAAGCCACUGAUACUGGAGCAAGCGACAAGAAUUCUCCUAUGGAUUGCGAUCCAGAUGAUGCAGUCACAGAGGCAGGCAAUGUAAAAAUCUCUGGGGUGAAUGAUUUCCUAAGGCCUUUCUUCCGGGUCUUUGCUGGAUCUAGUUGUAAACUGAAAUUGAGCAAAAGUAUCUGUAAACAGGUGUUGGAAGAAAGAAACGGAGCGAGGGAUACACAAGCUGCAUCAUCUUCGGGUACAUCUGUGUUAGAGGGACUAAUGUGUCCCGUUUUCAAAACCUCCAUCCCACUUACUUGCCACGUGGGAACGCCGAUGAGCCAGGUCAGCAUAGGGGGAGCCAGCUCAGCGUUUUCCGUCCGCUCUGAGGGUGGCUCAUAG